AAUGGGAGAUCCAGAAUUGCCAUCCCUUCAUGCAUUCCAUCCCAGUGGAAUGUGGUGCCGCGGUGGUGCCGUGUGGUUCCUCUUGUGCUGCGUCCUGCAGUCGCAAGGUCGAGGCAAGUCGGUCGAAGAGCAGCUCGGAGACAAUAUUGACGCACUAAGACUCGUUCGCGUCCUGCCAGCAACACAGUCGAGACAGAAGAUCCUGUGUUGGGUCAACACGUUCGACCAGAAUCACGACCGCGCCAAGUCGAUCAAGGCGACGUGGGGCAAACGAUGUGACAAGCUCGUGUUUAUGAGCAACGUGGAAGACCUGACGAUUCCCACCGUGCGCAUCGUGGCUCCCGCGACGCAUUUGCAUCUGUGGCAGAAACAUCGAGCUGUCGUGCGCCUCUUGUGGCGGGAAUACGGCGACACGUACGAUUGGAUCUUCAAAUGCGACGACGAUACCUACGCGAUCGUGGAAAACCUCCGCGCGUACUUGGCGUCGUUUGCGUCGAAUUCGACGCAGCCGUUGCUCCUUGGACACCGCAUGACGCUGCAGUGGUGGGAAAUGCAGCGGGCGUUUGAAUGGGUUUACGGUCCCGACUUGCCAGCCGCCAUGAAGCGCCUGCAUUACGUGGCGUUCUCCGUGACCAAAACGGCCACGAUGUCGCACGGGGGCCUGUAUUAUACCCCUGGUGGCGGUGGCUACGCUUUCAAUGCGGCGUAUUUGAAGUUGCUCGUGGAGAACUUGGACGAGCCGUUCUGUUUGCCCGAUGAAAUCGUGCCCGACGACUGGGCCAUCUCGUUUUGCAUGCGCUUCUUAAACGUGUACCCCAUCGACACGAGAGAUGCAAAUCAGCGCGAGCGCUUCCACCAGUACUCCCCUGCUCGCAUCUUCCACGAGAUCCACGACCCUGACGCGUACGAUCACGACCUGUUCCCGUCCAUCGAGUUCGAGAACAACUGGUUCAGCGAUCACGGCGGCGGGAUCGGAUGGAAAAAUGGGACCGAGUGCGCCGCCCCCGACACGAUCUCUUUUCACUACAUCAAACCACCUUUCAUGGAGCUCGUCGACGAGUAUUAUUACCGCACGUCGUAUGAAGAGUCGACGCGCCUUCGUCGGGAGCCAUAGCGAGUCCUGCCCACGGGAGGACGGGGCUGUCCGACCUCUUACAGCAAGCACGUGGUCUCGAACGCCAGCGAGAUCCUGACCGCGCGAUUCAAAAGUUGACGACACACCGUCCAGGAUGCCACGUACACUCGCCGCGGGGACCCCGCCUCCAUGAGUCAUGCGCACUCGACGUAAUGUUCUCUAAUGAAGCUAUGGUGUCAUGCCUCUUGUCGG